AUGGAGAAGGUGCUGGAGUUGCAGGGCGACGGCGUGGCCUCGGAGUGGUCGUGGGCGUCGCCGGGCGUGGCGAGUCUCGGCCCGGCGCCCCUGCACGCCUUCACGCUCUGCCUGCACCUCCUCCUCCCCGCCUACAAGCCCUCGUCUACGAUCUUCUCCUACGCCACCGACGCCACCGAUAACUUCAUUACUAUCGACAUGAAAACGGACAACGCUGUGUUCAGUAUAGGAGGUAUAUGGGCGCUAGCGAAGCCCUCCUUGGUCCCUGGAAGCUGGGGUUCCAUUUGCCUCUCCUACGCGGCUCAGGAUGCAUUGUGGAUCUACUACUCGGAUGGGAAAGAAAGGGCGUCGGGCACUCUUGGGUCCUCGAAAGGAAAGACGCCCCCAUCGGAAGUGGCUCCGUCCGGCUGGCUGGUCGUCGGCCAGGACCAAGACAAGUACGGCGGCGGCUUCCAGGCGGACCAGAGCUUCCGCGGCCAGGUGGCUCGAGUGCGCCUGUGGGGCCGAGUCCUCGGCGCCGGCGAGGUGGCGCAGGUGGCUGAAUGCGGCGGCGACGCGGGCGAAGGGCUCCUCCCGUGGCUGACGGAGGCGUGGAAGCUCAACCACACGCUGAGAAACAGUGUAAUGCUAUCAAGGCAAACAUCGCAACGCCUGGCGACCAAGAGGACAACGACCGCAUCAGGACCCUUGUUCAAGAGACAGAUCAGUCCUGCUACGGAGGCCCAAAUCAGCCUCAGCUCUGGCUGGGGGCAACAGACGAAGCACAGGAAGGCGAAUGGGUAG